CAGCAGCCAAUUAAUGAACAUGGAAUCUGCAGUUGACAACUUUGCAAGGCGGCGAACAGCCAAUUACAAACCAAACAUCUGGAGUUACGAUAACCUACUACACUCGCUUAUAACAACCCAAUACAGUGAAGACAAGUACAGAAGAGAAGCUGAGACACUGAAAGAGGAAAUCCGUGGCAUUAUAGUGGGCCGUCGUGUGUCGUUGUCGUUGUCCGAGGAUCCGUUAAUAUUAAUUAGCAAUCUUGAACUUAUAGACGAGAUAAACAAACUAGCGAUUUCGUAUUGUUUUGAGAAAGAAAUCAGCGAAUCCUUGGAGGGGAUGGCGCGCUAUACGAAGAGCACGAAAUUCGUUGAUCUAUACUCUGCUGCUUUGUAUUUCAGGAUCUUGAGGCAGCACGGCUAUCAUGUUUCACAAGAUGCAAUCCUUGAAUUGUUGGAUGAUCACGAUGAGAAACUAAGUAUGACAAGGGCUCGUGACUCGGAAUAUUGCGACAAAGCCAUUGCUGAAAUCUUCGAAGCUUCUCAUCUUGCUUUGGAUGGUGAAAAUGGCCUGUUUGAUAUUAUUGCUAGUUAUUUCAGUGGUCUUAAUUCAAAUGAUGAUGACAUGGACGACAAAUCGUAUUCGGACAAGUGUCCUUCCCAUUGGAGUGUCGCCUGGUUUAACGCCAAGAAACACAUACAUGUCAGUAAUAAUAAUAACAAGUCUACGUUGCAUCGUCUGGCUCGACUUAGCUUCAACAUGGUUCAAAUUCACCACCAAAAGGAUCUCAAAGUCAUUUUAAGAUGGUGGAGGAAUCUGGGGCUUACAGAAGUUUUAACAUUCACAAGAGAUCGAGCGGUGGAGAGCUUUCUGUGGGCAGUCGGAGUGGCUUACGAGCCUCGAUACGGAAGCCUUAGAAAAUGGCUCACAAAAUCCAUUAUUCUCGUACUUAUAAUCGAUGACGUUUACGACAUUUAUGGCACCAACCGUGAACUACACCAAUUCACCACUGCAGUAGAAAAAUGGGAUCCAAUGGAAGUUCAGCAUCUUCCCGAACCAAUUAAGAGAUGCUUUUCUGCACUAUACGACACUGCAUACGACAUCGACCGUGAAAUUCAGAAAGAGAAAGGCUGGAACUCGGUUUUACCGUAUCUCAAAAAAGUGUGGACAGAUUUUUGCAAAGCACUGUUAGUUGAAGCAAAAUGGUACAACAAGGGCCACACUCCAUCUCUUGGGGAAUACCUAGAAAACGGUUGGAUAUCCUCGUCGGGCCCCGUUCUUUCGCUACAUUUACUUUUCGGCGUCGGCCAUGAUUUUGCACAAACUCUCCUUGCCUUUAAUACCAACCAAGAAUUAAUUCGCCACGCUUCUCUCGUUAUUCGACUAUGCAAUGAUCAAGGAACUUCCAAAGCGGAAGGGGAGAGAGGCGAUGCGCCUUCGUCAAUAAUAUGUUACAUGAGAGAAGAGAAUGUUACCGAAGAAGAAGCUCGGAGCCGUAUCAAGAACAUUAUAACAGAUUCAUGGAAGAAAAUAAAUGGGCUAUUCAUUAAUACUACUCCAAAUUCUCAGAAACAAAUAAUCAAAUACAUUGUGAACAUUGCAAGAGUUGCAAAUUUCAUAUACCAAAAUGGAGAUGGCUUUGGUGUUCAAGAUCGAGAGACAAAGGAGCAAGUUUUUUCAUGCCUGAUUCAGCCUCUUCCUCUACCUUAAUCUAUCACCCUAUAUUGCAUAAAUAAAUUUUAAUGUAUAAUACUUUU